AUUUUCUCCAAGAAUUGAAGUCUAUAGUUCGAGAGACUCAGAGCUUCUGAAGUUUAUGAGGAUGCCAAAUAAACGUUUCUUCAAGCCUCUUGUUCCUGGCUUCCACAGCCACUUGACAAUUCCUGUAGCCUUCUUCUUGAAGUAUAUAGAAGGAAGAAAUGAGCAUAAAAAUACAGCUAGGCUGAGAUCAGACGCGUCAAAGAUAACAUGGGAAGUGAAAAUAGAAGAUGGCCAGAAACUCACUGAUGGUUGGAAAGAGUUCGCUAUUGCACACGAUCUUCAUAUAGGUGAUAUUCUCAUUUUCAGGCAAGAGAAAGACAUGGCUUUCCACGUAACACUCCUGGGACCUAGUGGCUGUGAGUUUCAAUAUGAGUCGUGUUCAGAAGAAGAGAACAACCUCGGGAGGAAUAUUCCAAAGAAAAUGAAUUCAAAAAGAGAAGCUGAGUCUUCUUCACUAGAUCCCUCUUGUUUUCUAGCUACUAUCUGGCCUUCGUCCCUACGUUAUGACACAUUGAACCUUCCAAGGAGUUUUGUGAGGUCAAAUGGUCUAGAAACAAGAUGUGGAGGAGAGAUUGUUCUGAUGAAUGAAAAGGGUAAAUCAUGGACUUCGGCUUUAAAACAAAAGCUAAGCGGAUCUACUUACAUCAGACGAGGGUGGAGACGUUUCUGUAGUGCCAAUGUGCUUAAAACUGGAGGCGUCUACACUUUCAAACUAAUCCAUAGUGGGAGAACUCCGGUUCUUCGUUUGUUCUUCACAGAGUCAGAGCCAGAGUCAGAAGAGAGAAACUUUGAGAAGAUUCAGAGGAAGAAAGCAGAGACUUCUUCACAAGAUCCCUCUUGUUUUGUGGCUAAUAUAACACGUGCAACCCUACGUUAUGACACACUGGGUCUUCCAAUGAAAUUUUCAAGGGAAAAUGGUCUAGAUACCAGAUGUGGAGAGAUUGUUCUGAUGAAUGACAAGGGUAGAACAUGGAAGCUAACUCUGAAACGAAAGAAAUCAUGUGGAACUAUGUAUAUCACACAAGGGUGGAGAAGUUUCUGUAGUGCCAAUGGACUUAGAGCUGGAAGUUUCUUCACUUUCAAACUGAUCAAAAGAGGAGGAACUCUCGUUCUACGUUUGUCCCCUAAAGAGAGAGAAGACGAAGAAGAUUGCUCACCAAAAGCUAAUGAAGUGGAGUCUCUUUCCACAGAAUCAGAAAGCGAUGAAGAGAGCAGCCAAAAUGAGAAACAAAUCAAGAAACAUAGAUCGACAAGGAAAGCUUCAUCUUCACUAUCCCAAAACCUGUUUGUGACCUUAACCCUCAAACCUUACGACGUCAAAAAAUAUCGACUGUAUCUUCCUGUACGCUUCAGCAGGAGCCACGGCAUCAAUGAGGAAGCUAAAAUGACACUGUUGGACAAAAACGGUGUCAAGUGGUCUACGGAUCUGCGGUCUGAGGAAACUAGUGAUAGAAUAAGACUGGUAGGAGGUUGGCAAGAGUUUUUCAAAGCUAACUGUGUGAAGCCAGGUGAAUCAAUCAUUGUGAAGCUGAUAUGGGAAGGAGACAAAAGUUGUGUUCUCAAGUUCUGCUCUAAGGUGAAGCAUGAGACCAAAUGAAACUGUAUCUGUGUACUAUGUUUUAGCUUUUUUUAAGUUCCCAUAACGAAUUAAAAUGACUCAACGGUUGGCCUUUUUGUAGUUUGGGAUUUGUGAAUGUUUUUUAUUUUGUCAACGGGAUUUGUGAAUGCUAUAUUACCUUUAGUAGUACUCAAACGUAAAACAGAAAAAACAACACCAAAGAGAGACGCUAAAGAAACAUUAGAGGCAUUGAGAUAAAGGUAACUUUGAUAGUUUGUGAAACAUGAACAUACUAAAAAAAUGUAAUUUUGAUAGUAGCUUUACAAU